AUGAUUGUGUCUAUUACAGGAGCUACAGGUUUUAUAGGUAGAAGAUUGGUUCAAAAGCUAGCUGAAGGUGAACAUCUCGGAAACUAGUUGCACGUUUGUUUCACACAACGUAUUACAUUGAAUCAUUCGAAAAUAAUGUAUUGGAGUGCAAAGAUAGCUUUAAGAUGGAGUAUUAUGCUUCUUUUUGUUACUUAGAGGAUUGAAGCUUCAUUGGAUGCUCCAAUGUAAUCAGGCUGGAAAAGUAAGGUAACAUUUAUGAUUCUUGACCCCAUUGCAAUGCUUCUGAUAUGAACAUGAUUCAUCUGGGAAAGAAUGACAGUGAUCAUAAAUUUUGGGGACUCUUGGCAAUGUGGACCACAUCCACAAAUUUCAUGUCUCAUAUUUUGCAUCCGUUUAUUGCUUGGAGAAUAUUGUCCAUUUUCUUGAGACUGACUUACUUUUCUUAGAUAAGGAAUGGGUUGAAAAUGAUUUAGUGAGAGAAAUUUAUGGAGUUUUUGGUCACAUGAAGAAUAAAAACUUUGGAGAUGAGAAAAUACGUUACAAAAAAUCAUUCUAGAAGGAAAUGUGUGCGUAGUAUUUGUAUUGAUGCUGAAAAGGAUAUGCUUUUGAGGACAAUAAUAAAGUUUGGACUAUCUAGGUAGUUGUGAAUUUUCCUUAGCAAUCGCCUUUCAGUUAGGGUUCCUUAGGUCCUUGUUGUACAUUCAUAAUAUACUACUUGUGAGUUUCACAGAGCAACUUUUACUAUUUUAUUUUCUAAUGACACUGUGGAUAAUGUUGAAGGCUAUAGUCAUUGGAUGAUGUCAUAGAAUGGAUAAGCCUGAACAUAUACAACUAAGCUAACAAUCGAGGCUGCAUUACUCUCCAUCAAGGAACUUCAAUAUGGUAUUUUAUGGGAAAAGAUGUAUAAUUAACAGUGGUUGGUGUCAGUUUCCUAAUUUGGUUGAGUAUCAUAUUAAUCGUGGGAUUCAACCUAGGUAGUUUUCCUUUUUUAAGGCUGGGGUAGUUGUAUGUAACCAGAAAUUGUACUAUUAAUUGGUAUGACAGAAAAUAUUUCCCACUGUUUAUUCUUGUUUGGUUUAAAUCAUGGUAUCAGAACUUCAGCUUUGUAAAUCUAGAAAUUUUUUCUGUAGUCUUCGUCCUCCCCAUCCUCUGCUUUCUGUCAAUCUCCAGGCAGCAAGUGGGAUCUCCGUCUGUCUGAUGUGGUUCCAAUUCAAUGAAGAAUAGUCUCCCCUUGGAUUGUCCUGUUGCAGCAGUCAUUCUUGGAUAACUCUGCAACGUGUGGAGAGGAUCGGGUUUUCUUUUCAGGCUCUUGGAUCAGCUGAUUGUUUCAAAGAGAUCACUUUUUUUGCAUACUAGUGGCACCAAUUCGAGGAGUGGAAAGUAGAAGAGGCUCGAUGCUAUGACCAAAAACUAUGAACAGCUCUGCUAUGGUGGCUAGAGGUAGCAAUAAAUUCAGCCACAAAAGUGGAGAGAGAACAAGUUGCUGAGAGUGAAAAACCUAGACAAUUGAAGGCCCAGAAUCAUUACCAUAAAGAUAGCUUGUGAUGCACUUACUGUAAGAAGCCAUGCCACACUCAUGAAUAGUGGCGGAAAUUCCAUGGAAUACCUCUGAGUCAAGAAUGGGGGCAUAAAAGAGAGCAGCCAAGGAAUAAUCUUAACGAACUCAAAGAUUCUUGCUCAUUGACAUUUUAGGUGAGUUUCUACCCUCUGUCGGAUGAAAUACCUCAAGUACUACCUUUGCCGACUCCUGGAUAAUGGAUUCAGGAGCUACCGACUUCAUGGACUUCAACAAUGUUUUCAUAUCCCUAGAUGGUUUACAAACCUUGUGUCUAUAUAAAAAAUUACUCAAUAUUUACAUUGCAAAUUAGUUUUUCAUCAUAAACAUUGUGUAUUUAAUGAUAGUGAUACAUGGAAGAUGAUUGGAAGUGCUAGAAAACAAGACGGACUCUACGGAUUUGAUGGACGAAGCCCAACAGAGUGUAGUAGAUUGCCCUUUGCAAUGUUUGAGUAGCUCAGUGAUUCAAGAUAACAAUGUUUGCAAGUUCAUUCCGUUCCCUGGCAUGCCCAAUCUUCCUCCCCAAAUCCUUUUCAUGAAAUACACGAUGACUAUGGUGGAAAACCAAUUUGCAAUCUAAAUCUUGAGUAAGCGUUUGGAUAGCCACAAGGUUUGUGGAGCAUUUACUGAUAUGAAGACCAUUUUUUGAGGUCAGUGAAGGGGUUCUUUUGAUAUCUCCUUCACCUGCUAUACUGGUAAAAAAACCAUCUGUUGUGGCUAUUUUCCUACUACUUGGAGAAGGAGAGUAUGUGCAGAAGACAUUAGUGAGUGGGCCAUAUGGUCAGUAGCUCCUUAAUUCAUGAUCCAGGAAUCAUCAAAGGUUCUACCCCAGUCAUUUAAUUCAUUAGAGGAUGUAACUUACCUAAAUAUGCCAAGAAACAAGAAUCAUGUUUGUUAAUGAGAGAUCUCUCCUUCUUGAUCUCUUCUUGGUUGAGACCACCUCUUGCUACUAUGGCCAAUCUGUUCAUGCUUCGUUCAAAUAUCAAGCUUCUUAAUUUGCUCCGAUUGCGUGAUAGCAAUCAUCUCUACAAUUUAUGAUGUUUGUAGAAAAAUUGAGAGCUAUUUGCAAUGAAAGGAUUGCUUGUGCUAAGGCUGACAAUGAAGGUCAAUAAUCAAGGGAUUUUGCUAGUGAUUAAUGCUGAAAUGAUCCAGAAUGAAGGUUGAUGAUCAAAAAUGGUUAUCAGCAAUCAAGGUUGAAAGGAUCGACAAUGAAAGUUGAUUAUCAAAUGGGAUUACCAGCUAUCGAGGCUGAAAGGAUGACAAUGAAAAAAGAACUUGAAAACAAGACUGGAAAUGGAGGAAUCAAUUAUCUGCAGCUGCCACAAAGUGCGCCGUAGAGUAGGGAGUUCUCCGGCAGCCACAUAGAAUGCAAAAGAGGAGAGAAAAAAAGAACAUGAAUCUGGCGUUCAUGCGGCAUUACCUGUCACCACCUUUGAUUCCUUUGCAUGCUCUUCUCUCUUGUGGUCGAGCGCCCAGAGCAACGAGAUAUUCUUGGUUGCAUGAACAAAGCAGCUCUGGACUAAUAUGAGUAAACACUAGCUGCAGCAAAAGGCAGGAAGUAAACUCUAGAUUCCCUGGAAGCCAGUGACCGCAAACCAGACUCUGAUAUCACGUUGAAAACUAUAUUGUGACACAAACCUUGGGAGGACAUACAGUGGAAAAAAAUAUCUACUUAUUCGCAUCAUAGAUGACUGCUAGUUAUAUGCAAGGGCCACGAAAUAAGGAAACUAUCUAGAAAAAAGAAAACUUACCAGCUGAGAGCCAAACUCCUCAAUAUACGUUCUUUCCCACAUUUUCCCAAGGAAGGAGAUGGUUGUUCAUGAAUCUGCACAAGUUCGAGAAUCCAACUUGGAUCCUGAGAAUGAGGUACUAAUUUCUAAUUCUGCAUUGCAACUUGAAAUCAGAUCUCUUAUGAGCAAUGUUUAUCAAGAUCUUCCUGUUGCCAUUAGGAAAGGGAUUAGAGAAUUCACAAAAUGAUCUUUAUAUAUUCCUGCACACGUCCUGUCCCUUAAACACGUUUCAACAUCUCAUAGAAUCUUCUUUAUUAGAUUAAACACCAUUGUCAUCCCUACAACCAAAUAUGAGGCUUGUCCAGUAAGGAAUGAAAAUAAGCUAUAAAUGAAGAGAUGGAGGCAUUCAAGAAGAACAAAAUUUGGGAGUAAGUAAGGUUGCUAGCAGGAAAGAAACCCCCAUGCUGUACUUGUUGUGAAUUGGUCCAUGCUGUGAAGUACCAAGCAGAUGGAUCUAUAGGGGGAUACAAGGCUAGGUUGGUUGUCAAGGACUAUACUCAAAUCUAUGGCAUUGAUUACUUAAAGAUUUUUGCUCUGAUUUCAAAAAUGAAUAUCAUCAGAAUCUUGUUGUUAUUAAUGACUAAUUAUGACGGAAAGCUGCUGCUGCAGCUUGAUGUUAAAAAUAUAUUUUUGCAUGGUGAACUAGAGGAACAAAUUUAUAUGGAGGUCCCACUGAGUUAUGAAAAUAAUUUAGCUCCUCAUGGUGUAAAUUGAGGAAAGCUUUGUAUGGAUUUAAGCAAUCACCUCAGACAUGCUUUGACAAAUUUUCAAGAGUCAUGAUUGCCAUGAGGUAUAGACAAAGCCAAGGGGGAUCAUACACUGUUUAUUAAAUAUUCAUCCUGAAGGUGGGUCACAACACUCUUGGUAUUUGUUGAUGAAAAUAAUUAUGAAGACAAACAGAGAAUAUUUAAGCUAGUGUUUGGCUAUGGAGUUUGUAAUCAAAGCAUUAGGUUGAAAUAUUUUUAAGUAGCUCACUUGCAAAAGAUUUUCAUUUCCCAAUAGAAGUAUGUUACAGAUCUUUUUAGAGGAACAUGAAAGGCUGCAUGCAUACUGGCAACUACUCUAAUAGAUCUAAAUCUUAGGCUUGGAAAGGUAGAGGAUGAUGGUGUUAUAGAUGGGAAAACGCAUCAGCACAUGGCAGGAAGAUUGCUUUAUUUGUCUCUGCGCAACCAGAUAUAGCAUAUGUAGUGAGUGUGAUUAGCCAGUUCAUGCAUAGACCAAAGGAAAUCCAUUUGGAGUAAGUUGACCGAGUGCUACAGUAUCUCAGAAAGACACUAGGACAGGAGAUUAUGUUCAAGAGAAAUGUAGGAUUGAUACUUGAGGCAUGCAUGGAUGUUGAUUAUGGAGAGUCAGUGGUUGACAUGAGAUCAACCUCUAGAUAUCGCACCGAUUUUGGCAGCAAUCUUGUGAUAUGGGGAAAUAAGAAAUAGAAUGUAGGAGCACGGUCAAGUAUAGAGGUUGAAUUCCAAGCAAUGGCUUAUGGUCUGUGUGAACUACUUUGGUAAUAGAUCAUCUUAGAAACUUGAAGAUUCAGUAGGAUGGCCCAGUGCGACUCAACUGUGAUAAGUAGUCUGCAAUCAGCAUAGCUCACAACCCUGUGCAACACGAGAAACAGAAUACAUCAAGUUUGGCAUACACUUUAUCAAGGAGAAGUUGGAGAGCAGAUUGAUUUGUACACCUUAUGUGUCCAGACAGCCAACUUUUGGAUGUACUUACUAAGGGAUAUGUAGUUCAAUAUUUCAGAAUAUUGUAUCCAAGCUGGGAAAAGAGAAUGCCUAUUGGAGUUAGGGAAAAAGUGUAGUAUUAAGGCAUGAGUUUAGGAAUCAUUGGGAGCCAACAGCCAGGUUAUAGCCAGUAACUUUUGUAUCCCAGUUCUUUGGUAAUACUGUAAUCUCGUUGAUUGUCUUCACAAGGUGUGGCUUAUACGAACCCUACCAGGCUUGAGUUUUGCAGGAAGUUUUGAUCACAACACAUUAACCUCUCCUUGAACCACUUCAUUAUCUGUUUUAUUGGGAAUAUUUAUGUCUAUGAUAUUUAUUGGUUUCCAUAGGAAGUGGUACUUAAUUCUUGAAGUCACUACAAAAUACCAAGGUUUUUUAUGUCUGUAUUAUGCUAAGUUAUUGUCGUGAAUAUGACAAUCUGGUGUCCCUAUCUGACUGUCAUGAGUACGACCAUUUGAUAAGACGUCUGAGGAAUUAUCGAUCAUUUGUGUUGUACUCUCGAAAUUAGAUGUAAGUGCAGAAAAUAGGAUUGAAGUUACUCGGAUAAAGCAUCCAGAAAAUCUGUACAGGAAAUAUGACUUCCUAUUGAAAUAUUGAAUGAGGUCGUGGAAUGCAGUUGAUUUAUCCUGUUGUAUGAUGGGCGUUCUAUUAAAAUAGGUCUGUGUUGAGAAGAGUUAUUUACCCAAUCUUUGCGCUGAGAAGAAUAUCUUUUCUCGUCUUGUCUCAGUGUGUGUUUCUCAGUUAUGUGGUACUAUUUUAAGACAAAUGUGUCUACAUUGGAAAUAUCCAUGGAAGAAUCUAUUUGACACAGAAUAACCGAUUUUUAUCCUCCAUUGGUCGUUUCCGUCGCAGAUUCAUUAUUUUCUUAUCAUCAUGGCAUAUUUUUUUGUGAACCUAUUUUUAAUUUGAACUUUAUUUACAUUUUUUUCGCCCAACCUUAUUUCUCCACUCUUUAUUCAGGUGACCAUGAAGUUCGUGUUCUCACUCGGUCUAAAGAAAAUGCAAAACUUCUUUUCCCUGGUAAGGUACGGCUUUCUUGAUUAGAUCCUAGUUGUGAUGGAGAUUUAUAGGAUUCUUUUGUAAGGAAAAAAAGCUGACGGUGUUGAUCUUGCGACAUGAAAUUUGUCAUCGAUAAUCAUAAUCCAUACAAGGAUUGAAUUCCCUUUUGAUGUUCCGAACAUCGGAAUUCGCCUAAUGUAGUUAUUUCUUGCAUUAAUGGACUCCGUGCCAAGUUAUCCGCGCAUUUCAUCUCAUAUAUUAAAUCUACUGUCUCAACACUUGGCAGAAUGUCAUCUAUGUUCUGAAAAUUUUAAAAGAUUAUCUUGUAUAAUUUUUCCUGUCUUUAUUCGCUGACAGUUGCAUAAUUUUAUCCUUUUUUAGUCAUUCUAGAGAUGGAUCACUCAGUAGUGUUGCUAACUUUAAGUUAACAAGAACUCUUUUUAAUAGUCAUGUUAAUCAAUUUUAUUCAGUCAGGCAAAGACCAUGGGAUUGAUAGCGCAGUUAUAUGCUAAAUAUCUCCCUCCGUUUCCUAGUUAGAUUCACAAUCUCUUCAUAGGGAUGUUCUUUGUGAGAACAAUAAUUGACUAUGAAUGGACACUGAAACCGCUAAUUGGUCCAUUUUAAGCUAAUAGAACUAGUCUCAUUUAUUAAAAUUGAGUUGAAUAAAAUACAGCCAGUGUUUUUGUCUGAAUUAUUAUCUCGUUACAUAGUCGCAUAGAUGCUGAUUGUUGUUUAUUUUCAUGAGUGACCAGUUGUCAAAUAUUUAGUUUGCGCAAGCAAUCACCUUUUAAAUGUUUAGUUAUAUGAGGUUAAGUUUGAUCAUUAUCGCUGGUGGCACAAAUCUAAAAUAGUUUCCAUACCCUGGUAUAAAGUAGGAAAUAUGAUUAAAGCCAAACUCUUUUUGUAUGAUUAUCUUAGUGGAAAACAUACCAACACAUGUCAUAUAAUAUAUCAUAAUGUUUCUAUGCAUAAAAUUGCCUCCGCCCUUCCAAGAAAAAAAAACUGCUGCAUAAAGCUGAGGAAAAUGUUAUUAAAGAUCACAUGCUGUUAAUCAAUUUUCAAAAUCACAUGCUAUUAAAGAAGAUUGGAGAUGUAGGUCUUCAGUCUUGUUAUUUUUUAUGAUACUUUCUGGUUUUUCUGUCUUUACCAAUAUCGCACAUUUAUCUGACCGAUUUUUCCGGAAUUCACGCAGUUGAGAAAUUCCCAAAGAUUACCAUCGCUGGCGAGUUCGAGUGGAAGGAUUGCAUUCAAGGCUCAACUGCAGUUGUCAAUUUGGCUGGAAUGCCCAUAAGCACAAGAUGGUCAUCAGAGGUUGCGAUUAUGCAUUAAUCUGCGUUUACUCGUUUUAUACUCAUAAAAGCUACAAAAACAUUUCCCUUCUGGUCUUAUGCUUAUCUUUGUGUUUAAAAAUCUGGUGAGUAUCAUAUAGGCUUGUCUCAACAAUGAUCUCAGUGUAAUAUACUCUAAAAUUACUUUCUUGUCGAUGCUCUCUGGUGAUUGGAUCCAUUUAAUUUGUGAUUUGUCUAUAACGUAGAACCUAUGAAUAGGUAUAUUCAAACCAUGUAAUUUAGAUGGAUGAACAGACUGAUUCAGGUCACAGAUUAGGGAUCAAAAGUUUCCUUGACGUUGAUGUCUUCUUAAGAUAAAAGAUUUUUGCUGCGGCAUUUGUUAUUGUGAAUAUAAAGGCACUUGUCUUUAUGCCCCAUCGAUAAUGUUCAUUAGAAUGUUUUUAAAGCACUGAGAACACUGCUGGCGGUUCUGUAUUGUCUGAGUGCUGACUUGUCUGGAAAGACCAAUUUUCUACUUUUCUCAUUUCCCUCCAAAAUAAUGGCGUCAAUGUGGAUACUUUGUCCUUUCUUCUGGAUUUAAAUUUGUAAUAAGAUGCCUUUCUAUUUUCGGGUACUGACGACUGAGAAUUUCGUGUUGAGACUUUAGUAGAAGAGAAAUGUGGUGGUAGAAGGACGGAAGGGAUUUUUGUUCAGAGGAAUUCAAAAAAGCCUACAACAGCAAAUUGCCAUUGAUUGAUGAAGCUGUUGGAAUUGAUAUCUAGAGACCCAGCAAUGUUUGCUUAGUGGUUGCCCUUGGAAUAUCCUUCCCAUUCGCAUCUCCACUUUCUGCAGGAAUCUUCGUGGAUUGCUUAAAAAAUGUUUAAAUAUCAAGAGUGGUUUCUUGGGAUUUUCUCUGGAUGUAAUCGUAUGCUUAUCUUUGUGUGAGCGGUGACUACUUGCCAAAUUUUUGGAUCCCUUGUGGUUAAUGCGAUAUCACUUGAUGUCGAUGAUUAUGAUGACUAAACAACUUACAGUACUGGUGCUAUCUCUUCAAAUAUUGCCAGUUUUGGGCUUUCAUUUCGCUUAUAAACCCACAUCCUGGGAAGUCCAAAAUAGGUUUUACCUUGGGUUUGUACUCAUUCAAUAUUUGAGUCCUCUUUCUUCUUGAAUAGUUUCAAAUCAUCUUUUAUCAUAUUUCGUCUGCUUACUUUUCUCCCAUUUUCUCACAUUAUUUGUUAAGAGCUUAAUUGAAGCUGAAGGUGUUAAGGACGAAUAUAUUGUGGGAGAACGCAGCCGAAUUCUAGGGUUUUUCUGAUUUAUUUCAAAUGAAAGUAGGAUAAUGAUUCUGUUGAACCAGAUUGAAACUGAUACUCGUCCUUAUUUGUAGUUGUAUGCUAAUAAUCUCUGUGUAUUUAAUGGAUGAAUAAUUGAAGCACCAUCUGUAUAUAUUUUAUAAUCAAUGUUUGCUUAGGAUUCACACUGUAUUCUAUCGCGUUUCAGGUGAAGAAAGAGAUCAAAGAUAGCCGGACAAGAGUUACCUCAAAAGUCUGGAUCCUUUCAACUUGCUGUAUAAAACAUUUCUGGAUAGACAGAUGAGAACCUUGUUUGAAACUCAUAUAAUGACUCCUGUUUCCUUGUUAAGGUUGUUGAUUUGAUAAAUGGCACAAGCUAUGAUACUAGGCCUUCAGUUCUCAUCAGUGCGACUGCUAUUGGUUACUAUGGUAAGUUUUUGGUUCCAAUGGUAUGUUCCUAUGUAAAAAUAGUAGCUAUCUGUUUUUCCACCCCAAGAGGGGCAGAUUGGGAUUGUUAGUGACAACAAGUCUCUCUGAAGGAAAGGCGACUGCCUUUCUCACCAGUGGGCGAAUCAUAUGACCCUCUGGCUAAUAUCACGGAAGCAAUAGAAGAAUGUGGUCUAUUAUGCUUUUUGAACCCUUUCUAAUGGUUUCAUUUUGUUAAUCAGUAAAUCUGCUUUGCAGGGACUAGUGAAACUAAGGUCUUUGAUGAGCGUAGUCCUUCAGGAAAUGACUACUUGUCAGAGGUGAGGACAUAUAAUUUUGCUCUAGCUACUAGUAAAGGAAGUUAUGUCAGAGUAUACAACCUGAAAUCUGUAUUAUUAUUAUUAUUAUUAUUAUUAUUAUUAUUAUUUAAACAAUUAGUGAGUGUUUUAUUGAUGAGGUAGAUUUGAUCCUCCUAUUCAGAGGCCAGAAAAAUAACUUUUCUCACCUCAAUUCGUUAACUUUUAUUAUCUGUCGUUUUAUCUAUUUGUCUUAGUGUGUAACUAUGCCAUAGUACCAGAAAAAACAUAGAAAAAAAAAGACAGUUGUCUUCUCUAAGCAGUGUUAUUAUCUUUCCUGUUCAGUAAGCUCCUGACAGGUUUCAAUGCUAAAUACCACCACGGCAGAUGAUUGAAUACAACGAUUGUGACAUUAGUACUUUUAAGAGAGUACGAAGGUCAUCUCUCUUCUACUCUGCUGUACAAUAACAUUAAAAUAGGGUCGCACUAGAAGAAAAUGAGUCACCAUCCAAGGGGGCCUAAUGGGAUAUCCUGACCUACAUAGGGCAACUCUCUCUUGGAAAACUGAACCAUGGUGACUCACUUCCACCAUGUGAUACACACAUCUACUUAGGUUCAAUGGCGCGUAAAAAGCCACGUCUAAUGGUCCUUGAAGAUAACCUAUUUUCCUCAGAAAACCGAAAUUAUGUGGCUUACUGAUCUUUGUGUAUCUUGGAGGGUCAGAACUCUGAGUAAACAAUAUAACUUCUUUAUUUCCCUUAAUGCUUAUGGUUGCCAAGCUCAGUAGUGUGGUGUUCUUCUGGUAGCAUACUACCGGAUUUAAGUUUCUUUUCAUCUAUGAUGAUAUCUAUAACGGGUUGAUCACUCCUCUCGUUGUAACUUAAUUCUCUGUAUUUAUGGUAUAUUUUGAAUGAAUCUGCUUACAGGUCUGUAGAGUGUGGGAGGCAAAAGCUCUUGGAGUGGACAAGGAUGUUAGACUGGCACUCAUUCGCAUUGGAGUUGUUCUAGGCAAAGAGGGUGGAGCUUUAGGUAUUCUUCAAUCACCUGAUACUAUCUAUAUUCGUGUGAAAUUAGAGGGGAAAUCAGUUGAAAGAAUCAUAAACUUGAAUAGCAUUAGGGCCUCUGGAUCUAUGAAAAUAAUCAGAUGAUCGUCCUCUCUGCUUUUAUAUCUGAAGAUGAUCUAGUUAUUUGAUUAUGGGUCUUAUUAUUAUUGAAAACCAUUACUAAUGUAUUGGGAGAUAUUAUCACCUUGGAUGAUAUGUUAUCUCUCCGUACUGUCUAAUUGAUGUUCUUACUUACCAAAUUAAGUUUUUUUUUCUAAUUCUGGUAAUUUAUUUUAUUUUGUUAUUAUUCUCUGUAGUUGCUUUCCUUUCAGAAAUGAAAAUAAAGAGGGCUCCUUUUUAGUAAAAUAUUCUCCCAAUUUAAGUGGAGUCUCACCAGGCAUUUAAACAUGGGAUCUAUAUCCAAGGAUUCCAAAUUGGUCAUAUUUUUUGUAUGAAAGCUACUCAGUUCUUGAUUCCCUCUUUAACUUAAUUCAGAAAAAUAAGCCCAAUAUGUCCCCCUUGAUUAUUUUCCUUUGCAACAUUUCUUCAUCCUGCAUUUUAUUGGUUUUUUAUAUUAAUAUAAAUUCCCUCCCAUUCGUCAGCAAAAAUGAUUCCUUUCUUCAUGAUGUUUGCCGGAGGACCUCUCGGCAGUGGAAAUCAAUGGUAAUCUCCUGAUCUCUCCUCUGAAAUAUUUCAAAAUAUUAUUAGAAACUUUAUAAACGGACCAUGGUUUACCCCCAAAAUUGGGUACAAGAAGCAUGUUUUUCUCUGUUAUUUACCAUAAAUAGAAAUGAUGGGUGUAAUCAAGAUAAUCCGCUUAUUUAGCUGCAUUCUGUGGUUUUAAUUUCCUGUAACAGGGAAAAAGUAUAUGUUUUCUUCAAAUCUCCUAAAAGAGUGGAAUUCUAUGAUGAAUAGUUGGGUACCAGAAUCAUGUUUUUCUCCGUUAUUUACCAUAAAUGGAAAUGAUUGGUGUAAUCAAGAUAAUCCGCUUAAUUACCUACACUUUAUGGUUUUAAUUUCCUGAAACAAGAAAAAAGCAUAUGUUUUCCUCAAAUCUCGUGAAAGAGUGGAAUAUACUUUGAAUAAUCGAGGGUUUAUUAGUAUAAUAGUCAACGUUAUGCCCUGAAGUGUGAAUCUCAUCUCAUGCUGCAGGUUCUCGUGGAUUCACUUGGAUGAUCUGGUGAAUCUUAUUCUGGAAGCGCUGAAAAAUCCUUCCUAUAAGGGUAAAUAUCGUCUCUCUCUCUCUCUCUCUAGAGUUACUCGCCAGCCCAGUGGAAGACUGAGUAUCAGUGCAGAAAUUAGACAAAUUAUUAUACCCUUUAAUGUCCAAUUUUUUUCAUUGCCACACCCAAGAACCAUGGAGAUGAUUAAAAACGCAUGGAUUUCUUCCAUCAAAUGAUUUAUUAUCAAAUUUUUUUUAUUAUUAUUAUCAGUGGACUGGAUUAUUUCCAUUUUAGGGGUGAUCAAUGGAACGGCGCCCAACCCGGUUAAGUUGACUGAGAUGUGUGAGAAACUGGGCGAAGUCACAGGCCGACCUUCGUGGCUCCCCGUCCCGGACUUCGCUCUCAAAGCCAUGCUGGGUGAGGGGGCUACCAUUGUGAGUCUUUUCUCUCUCUCUCUCUCUCUCUAGAGUUACUCGCCAGCCCAGUGGAAGACUGAAUCUCUGAGCUUCAUGGGGGGCUUUUUUUCUUUGCAGGUUUUAGACGGGCAGAAGGUGCUCCCAUUGAAGGCCCAGGAGCUGGGCUUCUCCUUCAAGUAUCCAUACGUUAGAGACGCUCUCAAGGCCAUCAUAUCCUUAUGA